AGUUGGAUAAAACGCGCUCAAGGCAGCUUUGUCAAUAAAAGUUUCCAUCGAUCUCUGCGAAGGUCUUCGGCUUGGUAAAUGCAGGUGUUCCACUAAUCGGAUGACUUCACUAUCUUUUACAUUCUUCUGAAGCCGUAGUAAAGGGGUAACGGUUUCUAUGAACCCAUAGUUGUUUCGAAAUAAUCGAUCGACAGCACACCAUAUUUUCUGCUUGGUGGAGAGUUGCAGUUUCUGUUUUCGGAUACACAAAACAAUAAUUUAUAUUAAUACAAGUCUUCCUGUUAUAAUUAAAAAAUUAAUUCCUACGGUUUUAGAAGAUAAUGUUUAGAAUCAAAUUACAUUUGUUUUUUAUACCAGUAAUAAUUUGCCUAAAUAAUAUUUAUGUAUUAGGGUUCGUUGAUUACAAUAUCACUAUGGAGAAUAAUCAUAUGUUUCCUUUCUCGACUUCUGAAGUAAACUCAAAUAUUUUUGAGCAUGACAAGAAGCUUAUCCAGCUACAUAUCUUAUUUCGGCACGGAAUGCGUGCUCCUGACUUCUUAUAUCCAUCGGAUCCGAAUCCAGAAGCUAUGUGGAAAGAAGGACUUGGUCGACUUACUCAGCUCGGUAAAUUCCAGAGCUAUGCACUGGGACGGCAACUAAGGUGGAAGUAUAAGGACUUCAUAUCAUCUCAUCCACAAGAGGUGGAAGUGAUAAGUGGUGAAAAGAAUCGGUGUAUUCUGAGUGCUCUCUGUCAUGUGGCUGCACUCUAUGCUCCUAAUUGUAACUGGGAAUUCUUACCGAAUUUUCCUUGGCAACCAAUACCAGUAAAGUAUAACAGUAUAGGAAGUGACAAAUAUUUAGGAACAGAUAAAGAAUGUCCUGCAGCAAGAAAAGCAGCGGAAGAAAUGUUAGAAACAGAAGAAGGUAAAGAGUUUUUAGAAUCUCAUAAGGUAGGCGAAAUUUCUUUGAAUGGUUGAUUAUUCCUGCUGAGC